AUGUCGCCGAUUCGGUACGCUCUUGUAGCGUUGUUGACAUUUACUGCAUCGAUUUAUGGACAACAAGACUUCUCAACUCAAGUCCAACCAAAUAAUGCUCAACCUGAAAUUAUUCGUUUCGGUUCGGGAGAGCCUGUGCGCGCGAUUAAACCAAACCAGUUUCAAAUCGAGCUACCCAAUAUCUAUGACCCAUUGAGAGAAGAUCGUCCGAAAAGAAAUAAUAAUCACGCAGGAUACAUCCGUCAUCCGACAUUCCAAGUACCACCUCAACAGCCAAUUCAACAGUUCCGACCAGCUGGAAAUGUCUAUAUUGCUCAGCCAAAUCCAGCAGUAGUGAGACAGUAUCCAUUCCGUCCGGCUCCAGUCUUCCGUCAAUAUGUGAUCCCUCAACAACAACAACAGUUCCAACCACAAUUCCAACAUCAAGGACAACCACAAUAUGUAUCUCAACAAAAGUUCAGACCACAACAACCACAACAAUACAUUCAAUAUCCAAGAUUUGACCUCCGUCCACAACCAGUUCGUCCAGUUCGUCCUGUUUAUAUUCAGUCAACCCCAGCACCAAGUCGCCCGUUUUACACUGAACGACCACAAGCGGCUUAUGGAGAUGAAAUUGAAGAUUCCAACUACUUGAAUAGUCGUAUAACUCCUGGUCCAGUUGCCCCAAAAUAUUCGGAAAGACCACCAGCCCCUCAAGGAUACUCUGAAAGACCACCAGUUCCUCAAACUUAUUCGGAAAGACCUCCAGUAACACAAGGAUAUUCUGAGAGACCUUACUCUGAGAGACCAGCAACUCCUCAGCCAUACAUUGAGAAGCCAGUUCCAGCUCGUCCAGCUCCUUACAUUGAGCCAACUCCAGUCCGCCCAGCACCAUAUGUGGAGCCAACAACAGCUAGACCACAACCAAGACCACAACCACCAAGAACCCGUCCGUACGUUGUUCCAACUACCAGACGUCCAGCUCCUCCAAGACCAGCCCCAACUGCUGCCGCUUACAUUGAGCCAACCACAACCACUCCUCGUCCAACAACUAGAAGAGCUACCGUAAGCAGACUUUCAGAUCCACCUACGAAAAGAAUAACCACUACCACCGCUGCUCCAACCACCACCACUCCUGCUCCAACCACACCGGCACCGACCACUACACCAAGAACCACUCCACGAACCACACCAAGAACCACACCAAGAACAACAACACCAAGACCAACCACAAGAGCACCAUUACCACCUUCUCCACCACCUAGAACCACUAGAAGAACUACAACUACACAGGCAACAACUACACCAAGACCAACGACAACUCCAAGGCCAACUACUACAACACCGAGACCAACUCCACCAAGAACCACACGCAGAAGGACCACAACCACUCCAAGACCAACUACCACUACUGCCGCCCCAACUACUACAACAGAGGUAACGCAAGGCUAUGAGGAGGCUGUUGAGACUCCACAAUACGACGAGACCUUUGUCGGACAGUACUAUUAUGGACGUCGUGGUGAAGGAGGUAACAAUACUUUCCCACUUCCAUCUUGCUUCUACAAUCCAUCUGGAUACGUUUGCUGCAAUCUGAUGCUCAAUGAGCUGAUGACAACUUCGUUCGAAGAGGUUCGAGUCGCCACCAACCUCUGCAAUGUUCACAGAUUUGCAAUUAAAUUGCAAAAACACUCGGAGAAGAUUUUCGAUACCCAAUUCGAAACUAUCGUCUCUUAUGAAGACUUUUCGCAAAAGAUUCAUUUCAAGAAGGAUUUAGUUUGCAAAGUUGAAAUCGAGGGAAGAUUCAUUCUAGCGUACGCCACUCCCGAAGAUGUCGAGCAGGAGAAGAUUAUUCCAACUGUUCCUUCGAAGGAGAUCCAAAAGGAUUCGUUCAUUCUGAAGGAGGAGGUCAAGGCCAAGAUUCGCCAAAUCGAAAGGGAACUCUGA